UUCCGGGUCAGCUGCUGCCACCGUCGCUGUGCCGCUGCGGCCGGGGGAUUGGGCCGGGGACUCCACCGCCGACCGAGGGGAGCGGGCUCCGCUCGGCGCCGCUUUUUGCGACCUGGCCGUCAGCCCCACGUCGCCGGCCUGGAGGGGCGAGGAGGACGAGGGGGCCAAGGCUUCCUCCGGGGACAUUGGCCCUCUGGAUUAUCAAGAGUUUGUAGCUGACAUUGAAUCCAGGCUGAGGAUAGAAGGUGUGGAACUUAAAGAAGAAUGGCAAGAUGAAGAUUUUCCAAUACCUUUACCAGAAGAUGAUAGUACUGAAGCAGAUAUACUGGCUAUAACUGGACCAGAGAACCGGCCUGGUUCCCUAGAAGUCAAUGAAAAUAAAGUGAGAAAGAAACUAAUGCCUCCAGACAUUAGCCUGACACUGGAUCCUAGCGAUGGCUCUGUGUUGUCGGACGAUCUGGAUGAAAGUGGGGAGAUUGAGUUAGAUGGCUUAGACACACCCUCUGAGAAUGAGUUUGAGUGGGAAGAUGAUCUUCCAAAACCCAAGACUACUGAAGUAAUUAGGAAAGGCUCAAUUACUGAAUAUACAGCAGCAGAGGAAAAAGAAGAUGGACGACGCUGGCGUAUGUUCAGGAUUGGAGAGCAGGACCACAGAGUUGACAUGAAAGCGAUUGAACCCUAUAAAAAAGUUAUCAGCCAUGGGGGAUAUUAUGGGGAUGGAUUAAAUGCCAUUGUUGUGUUUGCUGUCUGUUUCAUGCCUGAAAGUAGUCAACCUAACUAUAGAUACCUGAUGGACAAUCUCUUUAAAUAUGUUAUUGGCACUUUGGAGCUAUUGGUAGCAGAGAACUACAUGAUAGUUUAUUUAAAUGGUGCGACAACUCGAAGAAAAAUGCCCAGUCUGGGGUGGCUCAGGAAAUGUUAUCAGCAAAUCGAUAGAAGGUUACGGAAAAAUCUAAAAUCCCUAAUCAUUGUACAUCCUUCUUGGUUUAUCAGAACACUUCUGGCUGUUACAAGACCAUUUAUUAGCUCAAAAUUCAGUCAAAAAAUUAGAUACGUCUUUAAUUUGGCAGAACUAGCAGAACUUGUCCCCAUGGAAUACGUUGGCAUACCAGAAUGCAUAAAACAAGUUGAUCAAGAGCUUAAUGGAAAGCAAGACGAACCGAGAAAUGAACAGUAAGUUUGGCGUCUAGUCCAAACAAGACCGAAGAAUGUGCUGAUGACGCAGUGCUGUUUUUGCAUUCAUAAUGCAUUUGUUGGCCCAUAUUUUUAUGUAACCUGUGACAAGAUUGACUGACUCUUCUUAAUGGACUUUUGUAUAAUACAAGGGACUGUUCACUGCUGUACUGGUUUGCAAAUCUCUUGAAUUUAGCUCUUUAAUAGCUAACGGUAUUAUCAUUGUAUGUUUUAUAUUGCUGAAUAGCAGAGAACCACACUUUAUAUA